CGGGAAGCAGGCGCGUCCUUUGCACUCGAGCCCCCGGCAACGAAGAGAAGACAACACAAAUGAUGGUGGGGGAAACGACGUGGAGGACGAAGGGGGGAUCGUCGAAUGACGUAAAAGACAGAACCCAAAGGGUCGCAAUGCUAAAGGUUUCUUGCUGGCGAUGAUGGCCUUCGCGGGUGGUGCGCCAAGAAGGGUCGUCGUCGUAAUCCACCCCCGUCGAUUGAAAAAAAAAGGUAUCUAUAGAAUCAGAUUGACCGUUUGCGUGCUGACUCUUCCUUUUUUUUUCUGUGUGAUGGGCAGUCAAUUAAAGUUGCCCCCCGCAGGCAUCAGUCAAUUCUAUUUCUUGAUCCAGCAAUCGCUGAAUAUUACCUGAAGAUUCAUUCAGGAGGAAAAUGGGAAAACUGCUGCUCGCCGGUAAUUUAUCUCGUCUCGCUCGGUAUGGUAUGUUACGCCGGACCCUGGGUGGGGG